CCCCUCCAGCCGCGCUCCAUGCUCCGGCCGCGGCCCGGCCCCUCGCCCGGUCGCUGACGGCGCCCGCCGCCCCGGGGAGCCCCCAUGCACUGCGCGCUCCGGGAGCCGUAGGCUGCAGUUGCGCCGCGGCUCCGGGAGCCGGCGGGGGCGCCGCGGCCGUGGGGGGCGUCAAUGGAUCGCCAUUCCAGCUACAUCUUCAUCUGGCUGCAGCUCGAACUCUGCGCCAUGGCCGUGCUGCUCACCAAAGGUGAAAUCAGAUGCUACUGUGAUGCUGCCCACUGCGUGGCAACUGGCUAUAUGUGUAAGUCGGAGCUGAGCGCCUGCUUCUCUAGGCUUCUUGAUCCUCGGAACACAAACUCCCCGCUCACCCAUGGCUGCCUGGAUUCUCUUGCAAGCACAGCAGACAUUUGCCAAGCCACACAGGCCCGAAACCACUCAGGCACCACCAUGCCCACAUUGGAAUGCUGUCACGAAGAUAUGUGCAAUUACCGAGGGCUGCAUGACGUGCUCGCCCCUCCCAAGGGGGAGGCCUCAGGACAAGGAAACCGCUAUCAGCAUGACGGCAGCAGGAACCUCAUCACCAAAGUGCAGGAGCUGACUUCCUCCAAAGAGCUGUGGUUCCGGGCGGCCGUGAUCGCCGUGCCCAUCGCCGGCGGCCUGAUUCUGGUGUUGCUGAUCAUGUUGGCCUUGAGGAUGCUCCGAAGUGAGAACAAGAGACUGCAGGAUCAGCGGCAGCAGAUGCUGUCCCGUUUGCACUACAGCUUCCAUGGACACCAUUCCAAAAAGGGGCAGGUAGCCAAGCUAGACUUGGAGUGCAUGGUGCCGGUAAGCGGCCAUGAGAACUGCUGUGUGACCUGUGACAAGAUGAGACAAGCGGACCUCAGCAAUGAGAAGAUCCUCUCGCUCGUCCACUGGGGCAUGUACAGUGGGCACGGGAAGCUGGAGUUCGUAUGACGGGGGCUGACCCCGAACCGAAGUUCAUGGGCGCUGGAAAGCUUGGGGUUCUGCUGGACAGGAGCACUUUAUCUGAAGAAAAACGAACUCACGGACUCACCUUCGAGAGACAGAAUGACCUCUGCAAACAGAAUCUUGGAUAUUUCUUCUGAAGGAUUAUUUGCACAGACUCUUUAAAUACAGUCAAAUGUAUUAUUUGCUUUAAAAUGAUAAAAAGCAACGAGAAGACUACGUACACACUGUUACCAGGGUUAUUUGCAUCUGAGCGAGCUGGAAUCGAGUACCUAAAUAAACUAAAAUGUGCUCUGUGUAAGCUCCAACAUCUUGAUUUAUUGUAAAGAUUUAAAAAUAUAUAUAUAUAUAUAUUUUGUCUGAAAUUUAGCGGUGUCUUGUCAUAAAUUAAAAACUAAGUGGGAUGCAUA